AGGCCGUGGUCACCCAGGAGCCCGAUGUGCAAGGCAGGUGUGAGUGCCGGGACGGCAUUCCUGGAGAUGAAGGCCUGGAGCUGCGGUCUGCGGACUCGGCAGUGCCCGUGGCCAUGACCCAGGCUGCUGUGCGGCCCUGGUCACCCUGCCCGGAGAACAUGACCACUGCCCCGAACGGCCUCGGGCCAGGCCCCGCAGCCCCCUGUCCAGGCUCGGACCUGAAAGAUCCCAAGAUGGUGACCUCGCUUGCGUGUGGAAACGGAGUCUGUGGCUGCAGCCCUGGUGGCGACACAGACACCCAGGAAGCCAGACUCAGCCCAGCCAAGCUUGUGCGCCUCUUUGCCACCAGCCGGAAGAGGACGAGUGCCCAGCCCGAGCGGCCCCGCUCCGUGGUGCUGGUGGGCAGCUCCUCCACCUGGAACACCCUCGCCUCCUUCCGGAAAAUGGGAUCCUUUAAGAAACUGAAGUCCUCAGUCCUGAAAGGAAUUCAGAGCCGAGAGGGGUCAAAUGCCUGUUCCAAGGGAGAGGCUUUGGAGCACGGCCUGGGAAAGCCCAUCCUGAAUGGCGCUGUCCCAGGAGCCCAGGCAGGCAGGGGCUCCCCGUCAGCACCGGGACCAGCCUGUGGUACCCUCAGGCCAGCAGAGGGGGGCACACUGGAUGGCUCCGACCUCGAGGACACGGACGAUCCCUUCCAGCGGAGCACACACCGCUCCCGCAGCCUCCGCAGAGCCUACGGCCUGGGCCGCAUCUGCCUGCUGGAUGCGCCCCAGAACCAGGCGACACCCACGGCGGCCACUGGCCAGGUGCCCACCAUGUGUGAGAUUCUCGUGAGGGAUCCUGAAAACAACAGCAUGGGCUACAGGAGGAGCAAGAGCACUGACAAUCUUGCCUUUCUGAAGAAGAGCUCCUUUAAGCGGAAGUCCACCUCCAAUCUUGCAGACCUCAGGACGGCGCAUGACGCACAGGUGCCCCAGAGGACCCUAAGCAGUUCCUCCACUGACUCCCAAAAGCCUGGGUCAGGAAGGACCAAACGCUGGAGGAGCCCGAUAAGGGCCAAGGACUUUGACAGAGUCUUCAAACUUGUGAGCAAUGUGACUGAGGCCGCCUGGAGGAGGGAGAGUCCCAGGAGUGGGGCCCCGUCCCCUGGUGAGGCCGGCCUGAGACUCCAGGCACACAGCCGGCUGCAUGACGACUACUCCCGCCGCGUCUCCAGGAGCACUGAGCAGGACAGCAGGCGGGGCGGGGCGGUCAUGCAUGGUACCACUGCAGCCUGCACCGUGGCCGCUGGGUUCGGCUCGGCCACCUCUAAGGGGCCCCACGUAGACGCUGACGCCGCCGUAUUUCCUCUUGAAGCCAAAAGUUCCUGGGCGGUGGAAAGCGACAGUGCUUGCGCUGGCAGCUCCUCGCCAAGCCCGAUUGUCCAGGAUGUGUUGAGCAAAGACUCCUGUGACCCAAACGCUGGCAGCCAGUUCACAUUUGACCCUGAGCAGCCUCCCACCCCUCUAAGGCCCACCACCCCCAAGCCCCAGAGCCCUCAGAGCCCCGGGGCAGGAAGUGCCAAGUGUCACAGCAAUCACAGUGCCCCAUCCGUGAGUUCGGAGGAGAGUGAAGGAAGGGCAGAAGGGUCUGCUCAGAGAGAGCCAGGGCCUGUGUCCUUGCAGGAUCCUGUGGAAGCCACACGUGGUGUUGAGGGCAGCAAGGACCUUUUGGUGAACACCGGUGGGGCAGCCAGCCCAGAAGAAGAGGAGGAGGAGGUCUUCCAUGAUGGCCCUUGGAGGCGAGGUUCAUCACAGGAUGAGGAAAGGACAGAGGCACAGAGAACCCCCAGGAGGAGAUGGGGCUCUGGGAGACGGCCAAGGCCUCGGCCAUUCUCUGACUACGGCCAGCUGGCCAGCCGCAGUUUGUCUAUUCCUGAAGACUCGGUUGCUGCAGACCCCCAGAAGGAAGACCGUGUGAACGAGGACCCCCAGGCAAGCUUGACUUCUGCCAGCCCUGAAGACCAGAAUGCUCCAGUGGGCUGCCCCAGAGGAGCCCGGAGAAGACGCCCCAUUUCCGUGAUAGGUGGGGUCAGCUUGUAUGGGACCAACCAGACGGAAGAACUGGACAGUCUUCUGACCCAACCGGCUUCCAGGCCGCCCAUGCCUGCUCACCAGGUGCCACCCUACAAGGCUGUGUCGGCCCGGUUCCGGCCCUUCACGUUCUCCCGGAGCACCCCCAUUGGGUUGGACCGUGUGGGACGCCGGCGGCAGAUGAGAGCAUCCAACAUUUCUUCAGAUGGAGGAACUGAGCCGUCUGCCUUAGUGGAUGACAACGGUAGUGAGGAGGACUUGAGCUAUGAGGACCUCUGCCAGGCGAGCCCUCGGUACCUGCAGCCCGGCGGGGAGCAGCUGGCCAUCAAUGAGCUGAUCAGUGAUGGCAACGUGGUCUGCGCAGAAGCCCUGUGGGACCAUGUGACCAUGGACGACCAGGAACUGGGCUUCAAAGCCGGGGAUGUCAUCCAGGUUCUGGAAGCUUCCAACAAGGACUGGUGGUGGGGCCGCAGUGAGGACAAGGAGGCCUGGUUCCCCGCGAGCUUUGUCAGAUUGCGAGUGAAUCAGGAAGAGCUGUCAGAGAACUCCAUCAGCACCCGCAGUGAGGAGCAGGACGAGGAGGCCAGCCAGAGCCGCCACAGACACUGCGAGAACAAGCAGCAGAUGCGGACCAACGUCAUCCGGGAGAUCAUGGACACUGAGCGGGUGUACAUCAAACACCUCAGGGACAUCUGCGAGGGCUAUCUCCGACAGUGCCGCAAGCACACAGGAAUGUUCACUGUUGCGCAGCUAGCCACUAUUUUUGGAAACAUUGAAGAUAUUUACAAAUUCCAGAGAAAGUUUCUGAAAGACCUUGAGAAACAGUACAACAAAGAGGAACCUCACUUGAGUGAAAUAGGAUCUUGCUUUCUUCAAAAUCAAGAGGGCUUUGCCAUCUACUCCGAGUACUGCAACAACCACCCGGGCGCCUGCCUGGAGCUCGCCAACCUCAUGAAGCAGGGCAAGUACAGACAUUUCUUCGAAGCCUGCCGCCUGCUGCAGCAGAUGAUUGACAUCGCCAUCGACGGGUUCCUGCUCACACCGGUGCAGAAGAUCUGCAAAUACCCGCUGCAGCUGGCCGAGCUGCUCAAGUACACCACACAGGAGCACGGUGAUUACAGCAACAUAAAGGCAGCGUAUGAGGCCAUGAAGAAUGUGGCCUGUCUGAUCAAUGAGCGCAAGCGCAAGCUGGAGAGCAUCGACAAGAUAGCUCGCUGGCAGAUGUCCAUCGUGGGCUGGGAGGGACUGGAUAUCUUAGACCGAAGCUCAGAAUUGAUUCAUUCUGGGGAACUGACCAAAAUCACUAAGCAAGGCAAAAGCCAGCAGCGGAUGUUCUUCCUGUUUGACCACCAGCUGGUGUCCUGCAAGAAGGACCUGCUGCGCAGGGACAUGCUGUACUACAAGGGCCGGCUGGACAUGGAUGAGAUGGAGCUUGUGGACCUGGGAGAUGGGCGCGACAAGGACUGUAACCUCAGCGUGAAAAAUGCCUUCAAGCUCGUCAGUAGGACCACAGACGAGGUUUAUUUGUUUUGUGCCAAAAAACAAGAAGACAAGGCAAGGUGGCUGCAGGCCUGUGCAGACGAAAGGAGGCGGGUGCAGGAGGACCAGGAGAUGGGAAUGGAAAUUUCAGAAAACCAGAAGAAACUUGCCAUGUUAAAUGCUCAAAAGACAGGACAUGGAAAGUCGAAAGGCUACAACAGGUGCCCCGUGGCCCCACCGCACCAGAGCCUGCACCCCAUCCACCAGCGCCACAUCACUAUGCCCACAAGCGUCCCCCAGCAGCAGGUAUUUGGCCUGGCGGAACCCAAAAGGAAGCCCUCGCUCUUCUGGCACACCUUCAACAGGCUCACCCCCUUCCGGAAAUGAAAACAGGAGGCUGUGCUUCCACGGAGCUGGGUGUCAAGAGGAGAACUGUCUUUGUUUCUUGUGUGCUUCAAUCCAGGGAAGGUUUCUUGGACCCAGUGAUAAAAACUUCCUUUUUGGGAUCAAUGAAGGAGAAAAGGUCUUGGAAUCACCUUCAGUCUUUGGAGACCCAGCUGCCUUUGUGGAAGGGAGGAGAUGGUCAUGACACAAAGCUUUAUCAAAACUAUACAGAAACACCCGUGACCCACUAGGAGAUGGCCCAGAUGUGGGACCCGGUACUGUGCUCUACAGUGAGUGGUGAGGCAGUAGCUGAAGCCACCCCCGCUGAUGGUGAGCAAGUGCUGCCGCUGGUCCAAACACAGCAUCCAGGGCUUUGCAGCUCCUACGGGGUGACGAGGUUAGAGGAUCGCUUCGGCGUUUGAUUUUCAAGGAUGUCGUCAAGACAGGGUUGACACAAUGCUGCACAUGUCUGGUCACACUUAGAAAUUGAGCUCUUACUCUCUUCUGUAACACGGGGGGACGUACAGCUGCCGUGGAGCUGACCACGGUGUUCCCUGGCAUUGUCCACACAGAUGCUAAAUGGUAGUACAGACGUCAUCCUGCAAGGUUCCUCUUCCUGCAAGCAAAGGGGAGAGAAAGAAGAUGCAUCUGUCACCUUCCUCGCAGUCCUCAGUGCAGAGCAACUUACGCAUCCUCAAGAAUCCACUGCUUUCCAGGCAAGGAGGGAGAAAUCCUCCUGCACACUGGCUUUGUCCCGAAGUCGGUUCCCUCCUGCCCGCACAUCUUGAGUAACUCCGAGCAGAAAUCACGUCUUGCCCACAUACUGUAACCUAAGAAACUGCUAUUCAAGGCUGGGCACGGUGGCUCAUGCCUGUAAUCUCAGCACUUUGGGAGGCCAAGGCAGGUGGAUCACCUGAGGUCAGGAGUUCAAGACCAGCCUGGCCAACAUUGCAAAGCCCAGUCUCUACUAAUAAUACAAAAAUUAGCUGGGCAUGGUGGCGCAUGCCUGUAAUCCCAGCUACUGGGGAGACUGAGGUAGGAGAAUCUUUUGAACCCAGGAGGCAGAGGUUGCAGUGAGCUGAGAUCGCACCAUUGCAUUCCAACCUAGGGGAUGGAGCAAGACUAUGUCUCCAAAAAAAAAAAAGAAAAAAAAACUGCCAUUCAAACAACUGUUUGCAAUAUAAAAAGCUCAUUUACUCUAGUAUUUAUGAUACAGUGAAUAUGAAAAUGCACUGGUCAGAAGGCAUUCGCAAAAAGCCGCACUGCUCCCGACAUCGUCGUUACCAGUGAAAUCGCAAAGACAGGCAAAGCAGUCCUGCUUCUUGGGAAUCAGAAGCUGCCUUUAUCCCAUAAAGCCAAACAGUAGGGCAUAACUGUGUCACCUGAGCAUGUCAUCAGGCUUCUGAGGACUUGUUCUUUGUAAAAGAGACCUUCACAAAAUAUCUUGGCUCUGAGAUAGCAGUCUUUAUUAACAAAGGCCAAGCCCCCCGAAAACCGCAAAAAAACAACCCCCUUUCCUUGGCCGGGGUGGAAAAUUUUAAGAAAAAAACUUUAAACAAGGCCAAAAAAAGCAAGCCCCGCAACAAAAAAGCCCCUUCAAACCCCCCAAGGCCCCGGAAAAGAAAAAACGGGGGAAAACGGUAAAGGAAUUCUAAUUGAAAAACCCAAUUUUGGAAGCAAACCCCGCAAAAGUUUUUUUCCAAAAAGCCCAAGGUUGAAAAAAAAAAAAGCCGGGAAGGCAAAAAAAAAGGUGUAUUCUUCAGUCUGCAGGUGUGGGCACCUCCCUUCUCCCCUGAAGCCCCCCACAUCCAGAGCCAUUCCUGAGGGGUGACAUCAUGAAUCAAGAAAACAUAACCUUUGUCCUCUCGGGUGAAGCCUUGGAACAUUCUGUGACGGCUGAUGUCCGUUCUGAGCCACCUUGGCACGCGUGCUUAUGGGCAGCAUUGCUAAGGGUUCAGGUGCCCUGUGGCUGGCAGCCCCUGAGUUGCUUCUGUGGACCAUCAUGCCGCGCAGCGUGUCCUGAGACUGAAGUGGCUGCAGGAAGGAGCUUCUGGAGAGGUCCUGUGGCAUGUGGGGGCGUGCGUUUCCUUCUUGAACAGACAUUCCAACUUUAGUUGUGUUUAUAGAACUGACCUUCUUACUAACAAAACACAAUGAUAUAUUUUGGAAACUACACUUAAUAUGUUUUUCCUGCACACCUAGCAAUAACUGUAGGGGUCUCUGCUAGGGUUGUUUUUGUAUGUACAGCAAUUUUGAACAAAUUAUUUUAAAUGUAAUAUAAGAGAAUUCGUUUAAGGAAGUAAAGAGAAUCAUUUGCUGAUGUUACAUUUUCAGUGAGGAUUCAGUAAUUUAAGAGUCAUCCUUAGGGCUUCCAUUUCCUAAUAUUUAUUCAUGGGUAAUGAAGAAAUGCUUUGCAUUUUGUGGCGAGUCCUAAUUUAUUUUCCAGCUGAGCCCUGACUUCCGGUUCCCACCUACCUCCAUGGACUUCCUAACAGAGACUCAUGAAUACCAGGACAUGUUUUUGUUAAAUCAGGUUCCGUUCAUUGCCCCGGUCAGUUUUAUACAGUAUGAGGGUCACUCGAUGAAAGAUCUUUCCUGGGUAGAUCCUGCUUCGCCGUUCCGGUGAUUCUGAAAACCGCUAACAUUUUUAAAAGGCUAGAACAUCCUUUGUCUUCUUGAGAAUCCGCAUGUCUGGCUUGGGUUUUAUUACCACCUGCCUGAGUUCUUCAAAGAAUAGAAGGCUCGAGUAUUCUCAUUUUCCGUUUGCCAAACUUCCUUCUGAUUUGAGUCACGUGUUCCACUUGGAAAAAAAGGGAACAGAGAGCCUCCCCCAUGGACAGUGUAUGAAUUUCACUGGGAAUCUUGCUGUCUCCAGUCUCUCUGCCUUUCUCUUUUUUUAACCUUACAUGACAUAAUAUUAUAGAUGGGCCAAAAAAAAAAAAAAAAGAUGACAUAACAUUUUGAGGAAUUUCACCUAUUCCGUUCUUCAUGUUUGAAAAUUUGUCGACUUUGUUAGCAGACGGUUGAAGUAGCCGUGGAUCAAAAGCAGCCUUUUCAAUUGUGAUCAUGCCUAAAACAUAUAAAAACCCUGCAGUAGAUUAUAAGCAAUUAUAAAAUCAUAAAAUGGAAUGUUUGCAGAAUCCUGGAGCAGUAGCUUUCUUUGUCUUUGGCCUGCAGACUGCGAAGAGGGCAGCAGUAGUGCGCCAGAGCUUCCCUGGGAUACCAGCCACGUGGCUGCUUUUCAUUCGAUCUGAUUUUUGUUUCCCACUGUAGAUCUGAUUUUGUAGUUGAAAACAUUUCACCAUCAAACACUAUUUCUGAAUAUCGUGCCUUUUUUAUACCUAGCCUAGAUGAAAACCGAUGCCAUUCUUAUUCAGAAAAUCCCCCCAUCCUACAUGACUGUUACCUAGACAUAAAGCAAAAGUGCAUUUAAUUCAAAAUUUGAUUCACAAUAGAAGUAUUUUGUAAAAGCCAGCUGAACCAGCGUUUUACCAGGUGGAAAUCUCUGCAAGCCAAAUUGCUGAUACUCCUUCAUACAAAUCAACUUGGUGUCCUAGCCAGAAUGGAACAGCGUAAUGACCUGGAGUUCGGGGGAGUAUUUCUGCUCUAUUACUUGUCAGGGAGAGAAGAAAGUUAGAAGUGUCCCUCAAACGACAGUGUCAAGAACUAGGAAUAAAUGUUCUUUCACCAGCUCACAGGCCAGAAAUGCGGGACCCAAGUCAACUAGGUGAAACUUACUAGCAGACCCAGCUUUUCCAUAAUAACCUAAUCUGCAAAUCAGUUUAUUAAAGUUUCCCUUGGCUGAUAUUGUUGUUUUCAGGAUGCAAUGAAAGUGGAUUUCAGAAGGCUUUGGAAAAAUAAGUGGAACAUGACUGAUAAAAAAAAAAAAAAAGCAAAAGCUUAAAUAUUUGAUGUAAGGUUACUUACCUACAACAUACUUUACAUUGUUGCCUUUAGUUAUCUCACAGGCACUGACGUUUUAUAUUUAGAAAAUACUUUUAACCUUUCUAAUCUUUUUUGUAAAUAUUAGUGUCCGUUGUAUAUGACUUGCUAACUUACUUUGCAAGACUUUGGACAACAUUUUAGCUCGUUAACUUCAAGAUGAUGUGUCAUCUAUAUAGGUCAAAGGAUGGGACUUCUGAACUGAGGAAUUCGCUGUUGGCAGCCGAAGUAUGAUGUACAAGACUGAUGUAACUUGAUAUGUAUUUUUGUUGAAGUUUUUUUGUAAAAAAAAAAAAAAUAUUUACAAGGUUAUUUGAUUUUUUAAAUGCUGUGAAUCUAUAUUUGUUGUUUUGUAUAUUAAAAUCAUUUGCCAAA